GGACAGGGCUCCGGACUAGACAGCACCCAAGCUGGCCGCUCCCUCCCAGAGUCAGUCUUUCCAAGUGUUGGUCCCAGGCUCCGUAGCAAGGAGGACUUCAACCAGCAGGUCAAACCAGUGGGCACCACCAUGGACCAGGUGGAGUGAGUCUGAGGCCAGUAGAUGAACAGACAGAAACUGAAAGAUCCCCAGAAAGGAUGAGUGAGAGGGCUGUGAGGAACUGGAGCACACGCGGCUGGCUGCUGGCACUGUGCCUGGUCUGGCUGCUGACCCGCCUGGCCUUGGCUGCCUUGCAGCCUCCAACUGCCACAGUGCUUGUGCAGCGGGGCACCUGCGAGGUGAUCUCGGCUCACCGCUGCUGCAACCGGAACCACAUCGAGGAGCGCUCCCAGACGGUCAAAUGCUCCUGUUUUUCUGGCCAGGUGGCCGGCACCACGCGGGCAAAGCCCUCCUGUGUGGACGACCCGCUCUUGACUGCCCGCUGUGCUCUAGAGAGCCUAGAGCCAGGCUCGUGCCUCCUGCUCCCACAGCCUCCAUCGUCCUGCAGAGGUGGUGGUGUCAGAUGGAGCCCUGCCUGCCCGGGGAGGAGUGUAAGGUGCUCCCGGACCUGUCGGGAUGGAGCUGCAGCAGUGGACACAAAGUCAAAACCACCAAGGUCACACGAUAGCUCUUGGAGGUCAUGGCCGGCACAGGAAAGGCUUGACUGAGCCAUGGACUGAAGAACGGUAUCCGGUCGGCAGCCAGGGAAGAUGGGGAUUUGCUUACAUGCCUCAUGCCAAACGCGGCAUCAGUCUUUCCGGGGCGUUUCAGUUAAGCUGAUCAGCAGAUAUGGAUGGAACUGCAACCACAUACCUAGUGUGCAGCUCGGCUUUUCUGGAGAUACAAAGGUCAACACACAAUUCCUGCCCUUAAGGAAUGUCCAGUUGAAUUGGAGCGUUGGUGACAGACAAUUUAGAUAAUUUAGUCUAAAGUACAUGAUACCAGACUGUGGCUUCCGGGCCCCAUGCCAUGGCAUGGUGGGGGUUUGGGGACGAGAUUCCCACAGUUCUUCAGCCACCCGUUGGCCACAGGGCACAGAGACAAGAGGUCACAUUUACCACCCACCACCUCCCUCCUUCGCACCAGUUCUGAAUCCCCAGCAAGCUGCUAACAUGUUGCAGGAAAACACUCUCCCCUUAUGCCAGACCAGAGGCAUCUCAUUUGGAUGUGAUUGGAUUGACUUGGGGAAGGAAAGUAAAAAUAAAGCCACAUAACUUCCCAGCAAGGCUUCGGCACAGGUGUGGCCUGAUUUGGACCAUUCAUUGGGUAUGGGAUGGACAGGACUUUAAAAUCACCUCCAUCCAAGCACCUCAGGUUUUUAUUUGUUUGCUUAUUUUAACAGAUGAGGAAACAGCCCCAGAGAGGUGGGGCAGCUUGCCCAAGAUCUUAAAACCCCAGGCUCCCAAACCUCUAAAGAUUGCCGACCUUCCGCCAGCCUGAAUAAUGGGAUUCCAACGUAGGCCUCCUAUGUUAAUUUUAUCUCAGGUUUCUGGAACUAGCAAGUAUAGGCUGGAUAGCAGAGACAUUUUUCUUGGGAGAUGCUAGAACAGGGACUUCUGCUAAGGUCACUGUUCUCCUAUCUGAAAUAAUGCAGAAUAUCCACACGUCGAGAUGUGGGACCAUCUGGUCUCCACUCUGCCCUCAGUCUCCAGAAUUUCAAACAGGCCCCAUGACACCCAGAUGUCACUCAGCACAGUUCCCGCUGGGGCUCAGCUGGCAUCUCAUUGCCCACUCUGAGGUCCAUCUUUUCUGGGGUCUUUAGGCUGUAAUUCUCAGGGGCUCUGGCUCCAGGAGAGAUUCUGGGUGGGACGUGGAGCUGGUUAGAGUCUUCUCUUUUCAAAGGCCCCUGCUGAGCAGCAGGGGUGGCAGGUUAGAGCCUCUGUUUAGAAUUGAAGGUCAGUGCAGCCAGGCUGACACUCUAGAUGGCUCAGGGAUGACACACAGGCUUCAGGGACUCAGAGGCAUGGGCUACUUAGAUAUCUCAUCAGUAGGAGAAUUGUAGCCUCUGAGACUGUGGGCAUUGAGAUCACCAAGGCCUUAGGGAGGGGGAUGUCAAUAGAGACCAACCUGAACGAUGCUGAAUUCUGACCCUCAGAGAGACAAAUCAGAUGAUGAUUUGUGGCUGAGUCAGCUUCUCCCUCCCUCCCCGUGCAGUAGAACCAAGACUGAUGUUUCCCCUUUCUUGCCCUACUCCAGUUUAUUUUCUUGUUUUUGGCAAUGGGGUGAACAAUGGUGCCAGCUUCUUACUAGACUGUGAAUACCAGAAUUCACAACUCAAAUCUCUGCAGAUGGAGGGCUCAGGGAGUUGGUCAAAGAUUGUCAUUGCCUCCUUUAAGGUUGGAGGAUGAGGGGUGGGGAUGGAUACAGAGAUUGGCAAACGUUUUCUGGAAAAGGCCACAUAGUAAAUAUUUCAAGCUUUGCAGCUCA